AUGAAAUCAAAAGAUUCAAAUAAAACUUUAAAAAUAGUCAUUUCAAUUAUCAUCAGGUUAACAUACCUUGCAUGGCCUGGUUUAUCAGGCAUAAUUCUAACUUCAAUGGAAUUACACCCUUUUUAUUCCGAUUGGUGGGUUCUUGAACAAUAUGAAGGUGUUUUAAUUUUUGGCAUUGUAUUAUUUACAUUUGUAUUCACUGGGAUGGUGAUUGACUUGAUUGUUCUUCCAUGCUGUGGAAACACCAUAAUUCCUGUUGUUAUUUUAUUUAUUGAUAUUUCUUUGUUUAUUGGUAAUACUAUAUACAUAUGGGAUUCAAUUACAGAUACUUACAGAGCCAAUUCCAGAGAUGGCCGAUUGUAUUACCAGACAGGAAGUGAUUUAGCUAUAUCUGGAACUAUUUUCGGCUUUGCUAUACUUAUUGUGUUUGUUAUAGGUACUAUAAUCCCUCUUUAUCGGGUUCAUGGAUUUGUUGGAUUACUAGAAAGGAAAAAAUUCUAUUAUGGAGGAUUAUUCAUUGACCCAAUUUCUAAACAAUCUGAUAUUGAUUUUGAUUUGGAAUUGUUCAAAUAUGAUUGUGAUAAUGAAACGUUCCAUCAAACUGAUAAUACUAUUAUAACAAAAGGUCGCUACUCCCGAGAGGCAGUACCAUAG